AAGGGUAAAAUCGUCAUUUGACAGACCGACUUGUCUCUCUCUAUCUGGGGAAAACGUCUAUCGGGAGACUCCUCUUCGAGCUCAUCUUCUUCUCUCUCUUUUUAUCUUUGGUUGUGCGAUCUCCUUUCUCUUUCAAUCUCCAAGGAUUUUACUGUGAGAUAUUUGGCGGGAAAAUGUCGGGGAAAGGUGCUAAAGGUUUGAUUAUGGGGAAACCCAGCGGUAGCGACAAGGAUAAGGACAAGAAGAAGCCUAUCACUCGUUCUUCUCGAGCUGGUCUCCAGUUCCCAGUUGGUAGGGUGCAUCGUCUGUUAAAGACAAGGUCCACUGCUCAUGGAAGGGUUGGAGCAACUGCAGCUGUUUACACAGCAGCAAUAUUGGAGUAUCUGACUGCAGAAGUUUUGGAGUUGGCUGGUAACGCCAGCAAGGACUUGAAGGUGAAACGUAUCUCGCCGAGGCAUUUGCAGCUUGCGAUUCGUGGAGAUGAGGAGCUCGAUACUCUCAUCAAAGGAACUAUAGCUGGUGGUGGAGUCAUCCCUCAUAUCCACAAGAGUCUCAUCAACAAAUCCGCCAAGGAAUAGGACUUUUUUAGUUACCCGCUUUGUUCUGUGUUGCUUUUCUGUUUUCUAAAUGUUUUUAAGAGUUGUUGUUUGAUAAGAUGCUAGAGAAGCUCUUUUUAGGAUCGUUUGCUAUUGUUCGUUCGAUCAGCGUACUUUGUGUUAGAGACGCCAGUCGAUUUAUCUAUCUUUAAAAAUGUAUUCGAAUGAUUAUCCAAAAACCAUUUCUGACUACCUACCUUGCUGGUUUGUUCGCUGGAGAAGCUUGAAAGCAAAUUCAUUGGGAAG